AUGAGCUCACGUUUUAAACAGCCCACCGCACCUCUCUCUUUGUCCAGUGUUUCCUGAAGAGACGUGAUGAGGAUUUUAACAUACUCCCUAGGCUCAGCGUGUGUGUGUGCGCUUUAUCCUUGAAGGUCAACCAAGCAUGAGGCUUAAAAUGGACAUACAUCUCUCACUGCCAAAGCGCUUCUGUGAAAUGCUUUUUUGGUUAAAAGAAGAAGAGAUGUCACAUCAGGAGCUAACCCAGCGACUGGCUACAGUCAUCACUCAUGUGGAUGAAAUCAUGCAGCAGGAGAUAAGGCCGCUGGUCGCAGUGGAUAUAAUUGAGCAGCUCCACAGGCAAUUUGCCAUCCUGUCAGGAGGCAGAGGGAAGGAUGGGGCACCCAUUAUAACUUUCCCAGAGUAUGCAGGGUUCAGCGAUAUACCCGACGAGGAUUUUCUGAACGUUGUGACGUAUUUAACCAGCAUUCCCAGUCUGGAGGCUGCCAGCAUUGGAUUCAUCAUCGUUAUAGACCGACGACGGGACAAAUGGAGUGCGGUAAAGGCAUCCCUGACACGGAUAGCAGGAGCUUUCCCGGGGAACCUGCAGCUGGUCUUUGUCCUGCGGCCCUCCCGCUUUAUUCACAGGACAAUCGCUGAUAUCGGCAUUAAACUCUAUCGAGACGACUUUAAAAUGAAGGUACCGAUCAUCAUGUUAAAUUCUGUUUCUGAUCUACAUGGCUAUAUUGACAAAAGUCAGCUAACCCGAGAGUUAGGGGGAACCCUGGAGUAUGGCCACAGUCAAUGGAUACACCAUCGAACUGCCAUUGAGAACUUUGCCAUGACAGUGAAAACGACAGCACAGAUGCUACAGACCUUUGGAACGGACCUGGCAGAGACUGAGCUUCCCAACGAUGUGCAGUGCACGGAGGAACUCCUCUCCUCCCACACGGAGCACCACAACAAGCUGAAGGAUGAGCUGAAACUAGCUGUGAAGCAGGGGGCCACACUCCUGACGUGUAUUAGAGAGCCAGUCACGCGGAGCUCCACUAGCAAACUCAGUCCAGACGAGCUAGAGAAUGUAGCGACGGUGGAAAGGUUAUUGGCUCAGUUGGAUGAAACAGAAAAGGCUUUUGAUCAAUUUUGGUCCAAACAUCACCUAAAACUGGAACAGUGCCUGCAGCUCCGACACUUUGAACAUGAUUUCAGAGAGGUAAAACUGGAACUGGAUAAUCUGAUGGACGCGCAAGCUGGUUUCACAGAUAUUGGAGACAGCGUGACUCGAGUGGAGCACCUCCUAAAGGAACGGAAACAACUGGAAGAGAAAGGACAGGAACCUUUGGAAAAGGCCCAGUCACUAGCUCUGCACGGAGACCAGCUCAUCCAAAACAACCAUUAUGCAAUCGACUCCAUUAGGCCAAAAUGUGUUGAACUCAGGCGUAUCUGCGAUGACUUUACCAAUGAGACCAAGAAGAAAUAUGAUAUUUUGGGAAAGUCCCUUGAGCUGCAUAAGCAGUUAGACAAGGCGAGGCAAUGGUGUGAAGCUGGAAUCUACCUCUUAGCUUCUCAAGCUGUGGACAAGUGCCAGUCACAAGAGGGAGCUGAGACUGCGCUGUGUGACAUAGAGAAAUUCCUGGGAACCGCUAAGGAACACCAGUUGUCUAACCCUAAGGAAUUCUACAACCAGUUCGACAUGAUUCUAACCCCUGAAAUAAAGGCCAAUGCCCAAAAAGUUCUACAAAAACUAGAAGACGUGCAAGAAAUGUUUGACAAGAGGCAAGUGAGUUUGAAGAAGCUGGCAGCCAAGCAGACUCGGCCGGUACAACCUGUCGCCCCGCAUCCUGAAUCCUCCCCCAAGCGAGCAUCACCCAAGAGCACCAGGCCGGCACCAUUGACUACCAAUAGGAGAUCAGCAGAAAUUCCCUGUCCACCAAAGUCCAUCUCUGAGGUAGAAUUAUCAAAAAAGAAAAGUAUUAAGAAGACUAAAGGCGGAAUUAAGAUUGAAGUGAUGCAUGAAGCCAGUCAAGGUGGGUCCAGCAGAGUCUUGGUGAUGAGUGAAAGCGAGGAGAAUCUUUCCACUAGGAGGAGCCACAUAAUAAAUGAACUGAUAGAAACAGAGCGGGUUUAUGUAGAAGAACUUCAAAGUAUAAUAGAGGGCUAUGCUUCAGAAAUGGACAAUCCUGACUUAAUUCAUCUGAUCCCAUUGGCUCUUCAGAACAAAAAGGAAGUUCUUUUUGGCAACCUCCCGGAAAUCUACGAAUUCCACAACAGAAUUUUCCUUAAGGAGCUGGAAAAUUGCAUUGAGAACCCUGAGCUUCUUGGUCGGUGCUUUUUAAAAAGAAAAGAGGACCUCCAAGUAUAUGAAAAAUACUGUCAGAACAAGCUAAGAUCUGAAGCCCUCUGGAGACAAUGUGGAGAUAGCCUCUUCUUUCAGGAAUGCCAGCGUAAACUGGAUCAUAAACUCUCACUAGAUGCUUAUCUCUUAAAGCCAGUCCAGAGGAUCACAAAGUACCAGUUGCUUUUGAAGGAAAUGCUGAAAUGCAGCAAGAAUUCUGAAGGCACCGCCGAAUUGGAAGAGGCGCUGGCCACAAUGCUUGAUAUCAUCAAGUCAGUGAAUGAUUCCAUGCAUCAAAUAGCCAUCACGGGAUAUGAGGGAGAUGUGCAUGAGCUUGGCAAGCUGCUGAUGCAGGGCUCCUUCAACGUCUGGACUGAUCACAAGAAGGGCCAUAGCAAGGUGAAGGACUUGGCUAGGUUCAAACCGAUGCAGAGGCACCUCUUUCUCUACACAAAGAUCCUGCUCUUCUGCAAGAAACGGGACGAAAACACAGACGGCCACGAGAAGUCUCCUUCAUACAGCUUUAAGAAUUCUUUAAAGAUGAGUACUGUUGGCAUCACAGAAAAUGUAAAGGGCGAUAACAAGAAGUUUGAGAUCUGGUAUAAUGGCCGAGAAGAGGUCUAUAUCAUUCAGGCAUCUUCCAUCGAGUUGAAAAACAUCUGGGUUUCUGAGAUUAGAAAAGUCCUGACAGGACAACUGGAAGCAUGCAGAGAAGCAAGCCAGCUACACCAAAGAAUCACGGAGAGUGUGUACCAUGCACCGAUGAAUUCCUCCAACUCAACCAGAUAUAGCAGGAAGUCAUCAACUGCGUAUGAAAAUAAAUCUGAGCCAACAAACCGGGAAACAUCUAACGACAGGAGCAGAAACUCCAGUCCCAGCACUAGACAAAGGAGAGCUGAUGCUUCCACCAGCCUUAACCUUGAGUGCUCAGCUCUUGCUAGAAAGCGAUUCACAUUACAAGGUCUUUCCAACCGCAGAGCUCCACCUAAAGAUCCAGAAUCUAAAGAGAGAGACGUUACCCGUCGCUUUUCCCUUGCCUCCUCCAUCAGCACCACAGUCACCACAUCUGCUCUGACCAAAGGUCCCUUGGGUUCUGCAGUUAAAGUCAAGAGACAUGAAAUAAAGAGUGAUCCAACUCCCCUGGGGUUUGAAGACGCUUUUGAGAACACCAUCUUAGCCCAGACUAAAUGUAAUGCCGGUUCCAUCACAAGACCAGUUCCCAGAUCUGCUUCACAGACAGGUUGGCCCAGCAGGCAGAUGCCCUCGCUAGACACCUUUGAGGAUUUCGAAGCCAUCCCAUCCAGCACGGAUGAACUCUCCAACUCUUCUGACAUGGAGGAAGAGGCCAAUCCUAACAAUGGAUCCAAUCUUUUACGGGUAGAAGGCAGUUAUGAAACCUGUUUCCCAGAGUCUUUCACUCUAGAGAAUGGAGAUUUAGUGCAUUUUGUACAGGAAGGAGAAAAUGGACAAUGGUUAGUAAAGAAGUUGGCUUCUGAGAAAAGCGAUUGGGUUCCUUCCAGUGUGUUACACCCUGCGGAAGGUGAUAGCAACAGUAUCCUUAGGAAGAACAAUGCAGAAGUGUACAAUGAUACAUGCAGCAUGGCCCUGGCAGACACUGAAAUGAAGGAAAGCGAGCUGGCCAGAAGCUUAACGGCAGAACAGAGGGCUGGGAGUUGAACUGCAGGACAGGUUUUCC